GUUAUCAGAACAGCUUUACAAGAGCAACAUGAACAGAGAUCUGAAAGAUUUAACAGAGUACAAACAGAGAUCCUCAUGGUACUCCAGUUUGUUACCAUCUUGGAGCCCAAGCUCACUCGUUCACCUUAAAAAUGCAGAGGACAGAAUUCUUGACCCCAUCAAGCUCAAGUACUCCAGAGGCCACGUCCCAAUAUCAGACGGGAACUACAUCUGGACCCUCAGCUUCAAUGCCCAUAAAUCCUGCCAGGCCUCAGCUGACAGGCACUCUUUAGUCCCUCUGGUGCUGCUGCACGGUUUUGGGUGCGGAGUGGGACUGUGGGUGAAAAACCUGACCGCCCUGGCGGAGUGUGGGAGACCGGUGCACGCCGUGGACCUGCUGGGUUUUGGGCGCAGCAGCCGAAAGUCAAUAAGCACCGACGCCCAUGAGGCAGAGGAGAAGUUUAUCCGAUUCCUGGAGGAAUGGAGGGAGGCGAUGGGUAUAGAGCUCAUGAUUCUGUUGGGUCAUGAUCUGGGAGGGUACAUCUCCACGGCUUACGCUCUCAAAUACCCACACAGGGUGAAAUGUCUGGUGCUGGUGGAACCGUGGGGUUUCCCAGAAAGACCAGAGAUGCUGGAGUCGCACUGCUGGGUCCCAUUCUGGAUCAAGGUUCUGGGUAGAGCCAUGAAUACAUUCAACCCUCUCGCUCUGCUCAGGGUGAUCGGCCCACUGGGUCCGUUGUUGUUGCAGAUUCUCAGAUCUGACUUCAAGCAGAAAUACUUCACAGUUUUCGAUGACGACACCGUGCCCAAAUACCUGUACCAUCUUAAUGUUCAGAUACCCAGUGGUGAGACGGCAUUUAAGAGCAUGACAAUCUCGUAUGGCUGGGCCCAGCGACCCAUGAUGCACCGCAUUGGGAUGAUUAGUUCGGCGAUCCCCAUCUCCAUCAUUUGUGGUUCCCGCUCCUGUAUCGACGGCCACUCGGGACAAGCCAUUCAAGAAAUGCGUCCCAAUUCGCACACGAACGUUAUCGUCAUCAGAGGGGCCGGCCACUACGUGUUUGCAGACCAAGCAGACGACUUUAACCAGGCCGUGCUGAAGAUCUGCAGGGACGCUGAUAACAACAAGGAUGCCAGAGUGUGCAAGAGAGAAAACCGGAACACAAAAAGAGAAGGGAUAGAGGAGAACGAGUGAAGAAAGGCAGAAACAAAUGUAUAUCAACCUAAGAUCAUUGUUUACUAUGUUUACAGCAUUUAGCAGACAUGCUUAUCCUAAAGCAUAAACAUAUUCAUACUCAGUAAUUGCUGGUUAACGUGUUUUCAAAUACAAUAUAUGGCCAAAAGUAUGAGGACAUCCCUCCUAAUAAAUGAUAUC